UAUAAUCUCGACAAUCCAAUUGGUUCAAAGAUUUUAAUGACUACCUCCACCGUCACCUCUGUUGCGGGACAUGACCGACUGCUAAACAAGGUGGAAACAUUCAAGAAGUUGUACGAAAACCCUCCAGUCAAGACUUUAUUCGUUCAUGGUGAUGACGUCUACCCUAAUUGGACAUGUGUCAGUCAGCCCGUUCUCAGUGCCUCAGGAGCAAUGAAUAAACAAUAUGAACGCAUCAAAAUGGACCUGACUUUUGGAUCAGCCAAGCCCUACGGGUCCACAAGGAGUAUCGUGAGGAGGAUAGCGAGCAACCUGCCUCUCAAACCCUGCCCCAGGGUUCACUUUCAGCUGUAUCCAUUCGACGAGGAUGCAGGUGUCGUUAGCAGAAGGAAGGAGCAUGGCGUGGCCUCACUCGCCGAUGUCUCCUGGAUCGACCAGGAUGAUGAUGAUGAUGAUGAAGAUGAGGAGGAGGAGGAGGAGCAGGAAGUUGAAGGCAGACCUCGGAGCAGGUCGAGGCCUUCCCGGGGGCUGGCGUUCCGCGGUCGUUUGCCUCGGCCCCGGAGAAUCCGCCCGGCCCGGCGGCGCUCGCUUCCCAGCCUGCACCAGGGCCCCUCGGAUCCCCAGGGUCCGGCGGCCGCCAAUGAUGAUGCCAUCCAGAAGAUCAGCGCGCUGGAAACGGAGCUGGCCAAGCUGCGGGCGCAGAUAGCCCAGAUUGUGCUGGCCCAGGAGAAGAGCGCCCAGUCGGAUGCAUCCACUGGCAUGAGCCCUUGCCCGCCUCCUUCUGGCAGUGGGCCUCCUCCUCCUCCACCACCACCACCGCCGCCGCCGCCACCUCCUCUCCCUCCUCCAGGACUGCAGCGCACCUUUUCCGCCAUAGAUUUGAUCAAGGAGCGCCGCGGGCAAAAGAUCUUGCAAGGCCAGACGGAGACUAAAACGCAUGCUGAACUCCCCAGCAUGUUGGAUGUGCUCAAGGACAUGAACAAAGUCAAGCUAAGAUCCGUCAAAAGUCGCCCGGCGAAUGCGGAGAAGGGCGACACACUCUCGGAGCCCACAGACGCCGCCGCUCUCAUCGCACAGGCUCUCAAGAGGAAGUUUGCUCACACUUACCCGCAACACAAUCACCAAGUGGACCAAGUCAAACAUCCAACGGAGAGCCCGCUGUUUGGUCAGCACAUGUUGAGAUCAACCGGGAAGCUCAAUUUUGUCUAAUGCAGCUUUACUGACGAAGAGGAAGCCUCCAAUGUUCCAGAUCAACAACUUUUAUUACUAUUUGUGGAAGUACAAAAGGGAUAUUCCUCUGAAUUCUGACCCUGUAUUCAUAGCCUGGUGCGCUUUUUAAGUUAUUAAAUGUUUUUACACAUCUAUAUAGUGUCACUCUCAACUGGUCAUAUGCUAAAUUAUGAUUUGUUGCUUUAAGACAAACACUAACUUGCCAACAUUUUUUUUAUCAUUACCUCACUUGUUCUAAACGUCAUCUCAAAUUUUAAAUUGUGACAGAAUGCAACCAAGGCGUCAUGACUGACAUUAUUUAUGCUUUGUGUAAUUAAUUGUUGGUUUUAUAUGGACCGUUUAAGUGAUUUGUUCAAAAUCUUCUACAGUGGAAUUGUGUUCCGUUAAAAUCCUAUCCAAUCGUAACGUUCUUAAAUAAAACUAUUCAGCGUGGAUAA